ACCCAAAGCCUACACAAUAUCAUCCUCUCCUUAGUGACUCACUCAACAAAGACUGAGCUACCUAUGCAUCCUUCGCGGGCUAAAAUUCUCUCUCUGAAAACUUUGCCGCUAAUAAAAGUCUAAUCCCAUCGAGCCAACUAUAUAUCUGCGUUCUUGUUUCGUGCACUCUCCGUUAAGCAGCCAUCUCUUUCUGCCUCGCGGGUUUUUUUCUUUGUUUCAUUCAUUUGUCCUCGACGCUGUUGUUUCAACCGCAAGCUCCACCAAAGGAUCAGUUAUCCCUUUGUUCCCGCCGGAAUACUACUCAUCUAUCUGCUCCUAUGUAUGCGCAUCUCUCAAACGCCUGAAAAAUGGGCUGCGUCAUCGGCAAGACGGCGUCCGGGCAGCGCCGGAGCAUUGCCGGAUCUCCCAACUGUGGCCGGAGCUCCGACCAACCUUCCGUCACCGUUACUGAGGCUGUAAACGCUGUCAGGGAUAAGAAGGAGGUAAAGCAGAGGCAAAAGACAAGACACUCGGGUGAUUUCCAGGCGGAUGUUCCCACGGCAGAGCGUCGGCGGCCACGCCCGGAGCCUUUCCUGAGGAACCAGCAAGGUUGGCCUUCGUGGUUAAUGGCGGUCGCCGGUGAUGCAAUCGGUGACUGGACUCCUCGCCGGGCAAACACCUUCGAGAAGCUUGAUAAGAUUGGCCAAGGAACAUAUAGCAAUGUAUAUAAAGCGAGGGAUCUCAUAACAGGAAAAAUAGUAGCUUUGAAGAAAGUAAGGUUUGAUAAUUUAGAGCCGGAGAGUGUAAAAUUCAUGGCAAGAGAGAUUCUUGUUUUGAGGAGAUUAGAUCACCCCAAUGUGCUUAAGCUUGAGGGUUUGGUUACCUCAAGAAUGUCAUGUAGCCUUUAUUUGGUGUUUGAAUACAUGGACCAUGAUCUCGCUGGGCUAGCAGCUCGCCAUGAAGUCAAGUUUACUGAGGCUCAGGUCAAAUGCUACAUGAAACAACUUCUAUGUGGCCUUGAGCAUUGCCACAGUCGAGGUGUCUUGCACCGUGAUAUCAAGGGUUCCAAUCUGCUUAUUGACAAUGAAGGAGUUCUAAAAAUUGCUGAUUUUGGGCUGGCUACUUUCUUUGACCCUCAGCGAAGGGUUCCUAUGACCAGUCGAGUUGUCACCCUCUGGUACCGUCCUCCUGAGCUUCUUCUUGGGGCUACUUAUUAUGGUGUUGGUGUCGACCUUUGGAGUGCUGGCUGUAUUUUGGCAGAGCUACUUGCUGGGAAGCCAAUAAUGCCAGGACGAACAGAGGUUGAACAACUGCACAAGAUAUUUAAGUUAUGUGGCUCCCCGUCAGAGGAAUACUGGAAGAAAUCAAAACUGCCUAAUGCAACGCUUUUUAAACCUCAGCAGCCAUACAAAAGCUGUAUAGCUGAAACCUUCAAGGAUUUCCCUCCUUGUUCUCUGACCUUAAUCGAAACUCUUCUUUCAGUUGACCCUGAUAAUCGUGGCACUGCCACUAGUGCUCUAAAUAGUGAAUUCUUUACCACUGAACCUUAUGCUUGUGAGCCAUCAAGUUUGCCCAAGUAUCCUCCCAGCAAAGAAAUGGAUGUGAAGUUGAGAGAAGAGGAAGCAAGGAGGCAAAGAGGCCUUAGUGGAAAAGCAAAUGUUGUUGAUGGUGCUAGAAGAGUUAGAAUUCGUGAUCGGGUAGGCAGGGCAAUUCCAGCACCCGAAGCCAAUGCAGAGAAUCCAUCAAACUUAGAUAGAUUGAGAGUCAUGACACAAGCAAAUGCUAAGAGCAAGAGUGAAAAAUUUCCACCUCCUCAUCAGGAUGCAGCAGUUGGGCAUCGUAUAGAUGCAUCACAUAAAGCCCCUGUAUCAUUUGGUGCACCUGAUUCUUCUUUCAACUCAUCGAUAUUCACUUCAAAGUCAUCUGCAUCCAUUAAAAGCGCUGGAGCCAGUGGGGGCCCUUCCAGGAGGAAGAAAACCAAUAAGGAAGACCCCCAGAUGGCUCCCUCUCGGAAGUUUAUGCGCCCGUUUAAUCCAUCCACAGUAGGACUAUCCAUGGAUCUAUUAUUCAAGGGUAAAUCUGAGGUUUUUGGCAGGCGCAGGUAGAGAGAUUAACGAGUUGCGCUGUUUUUUGAAUUUAGGUGGGCAAUUUUCAUCUUGGGGCUUCAAUGCUUUUUUGUUUUUCCUUUUUAAUUAUUGUUUCCAUUUAUUAUAUUAUAUACCUCAUCAUAUAAGUAUUUGGUGUAUAAUCCCCAUAACAGAAGCCCCAGUGGCCGUGUAUAAUCUGCAAGUGAAAUCUCACUAUUCUUAUACAGUUUUUGGAAGAAGAGAUUGCUUCCUUAA